UUAUCCUCUUAUAAAAAGGACCGCCUUAUUCAACUAGGAUAAACGUAACUUUUUGAGUAAACGAGAAGGACUGACAGAUUUAUGUCGAUAACUCAAAAAAGUAUCAUCUUUGUUAAUCACCGACCUAAUUAGAAAAAGAGUUAGAAUAGACAUUUUUAGUUUUUUCUGAUAAGAGUUUUAAACCAUCAUAGCCCCAACCCGUUAAUUAAAAAAAGAAGAGCUAAGAGUUGGGACAGCAAUUUGAACGGCCAAAUGGCGAUGAGUGGCAAUCCAAAGCUGCUGAAUUCUAAAUUGUUUACUGCUGCUCCUCAAAUUAGUGGAGGUUUACGAUCCCGAAAAGCAUCCCUCGAAAUACUUGUAAAACUGCUUUCAACAUACACACUAAACACAUACCAACAACCCCAUCAAGACACCUUCUUAAUCGAAAAGAUUUUGAUGCGUUUAAAACAAGGUAACUUCAAUUCCCAUGAGCACUACAUUUUUCAGCUGACCCCGUCUUCAUUUUUGGACGUUAUUAAUCAAUGCUCUAUUAUAAACCCACACUUAGGUCUAAAAUUUAUAGAUACAAUAGCGUCAAUCCAUUCUAAAUUCAAGCAUUCAUUACUCUCUUUAAGCGCAUCAGUUCACAUUCUUUCAAGGCAUAAAAGAUCAUCAGAUGCUCAGACUUUACUGCUUAGAAUGAUUCGAAAAAGUGGCGUUUCAAGAACUGCUGUUGUGGAUUCUUUGGUUAUGACUUAUGAGAAAUGCGGGUCAAGUCCUGUCGUGUAUGAUUUGUUGAUUCGGACUUAUGUCCAAGCUAGGAAGUUAAGAGAAGGCGUAGAGAUGUUUAGGUUGCUAAAAAGUAGGGGAAUUUGUGUUCCGAUUAAUGGGUGUAAUAGUCUUCUUGGAGGACUUGUGAAAAUCGGGUGGGUUGAUUUAUGUUGGGAGGUUUAUGAUGAAAUUGUUUCUAGUGGGGUUACAAUGAACGUGUUUACGAUGAAUAUUAUGGUUAAUGCUAUUUGUAGAGAGGGGAAGUUUGAUAGAGUGAAGCUUUUUUUGAUGGAAUUUGAGGCGAAGGGUGUUUUUCCGGAUAUCGUGACUUAUAAUACGUUGGUUAGUGGUUAUUCUCGUAUUGGACUUCUUGAUGAGGCUUUCGAACUUAUGAACUCUAUGCAAUUUAAGGGGUUGAAACCAGGAUUGUACACUUAUAAUGCUAUUCUUAAUGGUGUAUGUAGAAACGGAAGUUUUGACAGAGCUAAAGAGAUUGUGAAAGAGAUGGCAUGUAAUGGUGUAAAUCCCGAUGCCGCUACUUACAACACGUUGUUAGUUGAGUGUUGUAGAAAAAAUAAUGUGGAGGAAGUCGAAUGCGUUUUUGGAGAAAUGUUGCAGGAAAACAUUAUUCCUGAUUUUGUUACUUAUAGCUCACUUAUUAGGCUGUUUUCAAGUAACUCAAACCUUAAUCGGGCUUUAGCUUACUUUAAAGAUAUGAAAAGUGUCGGGUUGGUACCAGAUAAUGUUAUAUACACAAUUUUAAUAAACGCGUAUUGCCAACAUGGUUCCUUAUCAGAGGCAAUGAAGAUGAGGGAUGAAAUGGUGAAUCAGGGGUGCAUUUUGGAUGUGGUUACAUAUAAUACACUUUUAAAUGGUUUGUGUAAAAGUAAAAAGCUCGAUGAAGCAGAGAAACUUUUUAGUGAGAUGAUUGGAAGGGGGGUUUCUCCGGAGUGUUAUACUUUUACAACACUUAUUAAUGGGUAUGCAAAGGAAGGAAACAUGAACAUGGCAUUGACUUUGUUUAACUCGAUGUUUCAAAGGAACUUAAAGCCUGAUAUUGUAACAUAUAAUACUUUAAUUGAUGGGUUCUGUAGGGUAGGUGAGAUGGAAAAAGCUAAUGAUUUAUGGAAUAAUAUGAUAUCCAAAUGUAUUAUUCCUAAUCACAUUACCUACAGUAUUCUAAUAAACGGGUUUUGUAGCAAUGCUCGUGUAUUAGAGGCAUUGAGGAUAUGGGAUGAGAUGGUCAAUAAAGGUAUUCACCCAACGAUUGUGACUUGUAACUCUAUUGUUAAGGGCUAUUGCAGGUCUAGAUUACCCUUCGAAGCGGCUAUAUUUUUUAACAAAAUAACUUCUUAUAAUGUUACUCCUGAUAGUAUUACUUAUAAUACUCUUAUACAUGGGUUUUUGAUGGAAGAUGAAAUGGAUAAGGCUUUUGACUUGAUCAACAAUAUGGAAAGUCAAGGGCUGUUGCCGGAUGUUGUUACAUAUAAUGUAAUUCUUGAAGGGUUUUGUAGACAAGGAAGAAUGCAUGAAGGUGACAUGAUUUAUAGGAAGAUGAUUGAGAAAGGCUUGAAUCCUGAUAGAUCUACAUAUAUAUCUUUGAUAAACGGGCACGUUUCACAGGAGAACAUGAAGGAAGUGUUCCGCUACCAUGAUCAAAUGCUGCAAAGAGGAUUCGUUCCUGAUGAUAAAUUCUGAUUUAAGUUGGUGACUGAUUGGUGCAAAUUUCUUAUUCGGUUACCUAGGUUGAAGGUGUGACAAGCACCAAGUGCUCCUUCUGUCCUUACUAGAGAGCUUAUCACAUUCCACGUCAGCAUAUUGCAAAUAUCCAGGUUCUAUUUGUUCAUAUGGAAUGAAUUGGCUUCUUCAAACAAGAAUAAGGUGGCGAAGUUGCUCAAUGGAGCAUAUCCUUUAUCUUUGGUUCAUCAGUUCAAGUCAAGUUUUACCAGGCGUGCUUCAAUCACCUUAGGCAAUGUAUUAGCAUGAUAACAUCAUCAGUGUGGAUUAUUAUGGAGGUGGAACGGUCACAGGAGACCAAAUCUUUGCCAAGGACAAGAAGUCGACAGUCCACACAAGGACCGGUUGACUAGAUCACGAACCUUCAAUCUGCUUAUCUGCCUCCCGAAAGUCCAAAACCUUCUACAGAACCUACUUUUUCUCUCGAAUCCAUAAUCUUCCGUCAUCUGAACUACAUAAUCAAGGUCAACUUUGAAGAAAUGACAUGAAAGGUGUGUCAAUUGCAUGCAUGGUCAAUCGAUACACAUGGAGUUCUACUAUAGUUUGAGAGUUCAAUAAAUGUACUGUUGGAGUUGAUGGUGACAUCUGGGUGCUACUUGCGUUUAAUGCACAAUUGGAAGACUGUUAUUGUUCUAGGUCCUGAGUAGAGUCGAUCUUUCAUUGAUGGUCGGUGGUUGCAUAUUGGUAUUCAGAUCCAAAAUCCUCGCACACAAGAAUGUUGAGAAAUAGCUCACUAGUCUGCUAUUUGCAUAUCACUUCUUACCAUUUCACAUGAAAAUAUCAAAGACUUCAUUUGCAUAUAUCAGUUUUCUGGGCAUUUAUACUUGAAA